AUGGUCAAGGCUGUCGCUGUCGUCCGGGGUGACUCCAAGGUCACCGGCACUGUGGUCUUCGAGCAGGAAUCCGAGUCGGCCCCUACCACCGUCACCUGGGACAUCACCGGGCACGAUCCCAAUGCCAAGCGUGGCAUGCACAUUCACACCUUUGGCGACAACACCAACGGCUGCACAUCGGCUGGCCCGCACUUCAACCCUCACGGCAAGACCCACGGCGCCCCAACGGAUGAGAACCGGCACGUCGGUGACCUUGGCAACAUCGAGACGGAUGCCCAGGGCAACUCCAAGGGUUCUGUGACUGACAAGUUCAUCAAGCUCAUCGGCCCUGAGAGCGUCAUUGGCCGGACUGUUGUUGUGCACGCCGGCACUGACGACCUUGGCAAGGGGGGCAACGAGGAGUCGCUGAAGACAGGCAACGCCGGUCCCCGCCCUGCUUGCGGUGUCAUCGGUAUCUCGCAGUAA